AGGCAACUUUAAAAAAGCAUCAUUUUUGGAUCCUAGUCCGCUGUCGAGAGGAAAAUGGCAUCAGCACAUGACAGAGCAGUUUUACAGGCCAUAUUUAAUCCUACCAGUCCUUUUGGAGAUAUCCCUGGAUUAAAUCAAGAAGAUGAGCUGACAGAUGAUGACAGUGUUUUUGAUCCAGAGCUGGUGAAACAGGUGAAAGAUCUGGAACUGCAGGGUGUUUCGGCUGCUGAGGCCGGAGACCUGCCCGCUGCUCUUCAGCUUUUUAACCAGGCCAUCAGGAUCCUGCCUCAAAGGGCUUCAGCCUACAACAACCGAGCCCAGACCAAACGCAUGCAGGGAGACACCAACGGUGCAGUGGAAGAUCUGGAGCGUGCCGUUUCGCUCAGCGGUGGUGUUGGGCGAUCAGCCUGCCAGGCUCUGGUCCAGCGUGGGCUCCUACUAAGGUUGUCGGGUCGUGAUGAGGAGGCUCGGGUGGACUUUGAGAAGGCAGCAGCUCUGGGCAGUGAGUUUGCUCGGCAGCAGGCUGUGAUCUUGAACCCCUAUGCUGCCCUGUGCAACCGCAUGCUGUCAGAGGUCAUCAAUAAACUACGCAACCCAGAAAUGUCAGACAUGCCAUAGAGGUGGAAAAUAUGGAUGGAAAGUAUAUACAUUGUAUUGUAACAAAGGCAUACAUUUCUAAGCUUUUUACUUCCCUGGUUUUCAUAAGUGAAUGAAGACAACUUUUUCGGGUGAUUGUCACUUUGAGGGAUAUAUGGAGAAAGAAUGAACAGAUAUAAAUUUUUUUGAUUGAACUUUAUGACUUUUUCACAAGUUGUCUUAUAUAAAUGCAUAAUUUUAAAGUGAUUGUUCACCCAAAAAUGUAAAUUCUGUCAUCAUUUACUCUCUGGUUUAUGUAAGCCACUGACUUCUACGGGAUAGACCAAAAACACUACUGUAGAAGUAAUUGGUUACUGGCAACUGUUUUGUUAUUAACAUUUUUCUAAAUUUUCUUCUGUGUUCAGCAGAAAUAAAUGUAUACAGGUUUAUUACAACAUGAGCACGAAUAAAUAACCAAAAUUUUCAUUUUCA